AUGCCCACCCCCGAGUCCGCUGCCUUCCUGGCCAAAAAGCCCACCGUCGCCCCGACCUACGAAGGCGUCGACUUCGAGGACAACGUCGCAGUCCACAAUGCCCGCGACGCGAUCAUUCGCGAGCAGUGGGUGCGCAGUAUGAUGUCUCGUCUUGUCGGCGAGGAAUUGGGCAAGUGCUAUGCGCGCGAGGGUGUGAAUCACUUUGAGAAGUGUGGUGUCUUGAGAGCUAUUGCUCUGUCCAAUUGGUUCGGCCCGGCCUGGUCCCGCCUUUACCGCGCGCAGGCAGAACCAGCUGGACCUGGCGUUGACAUGUCCGAACAAUUGCUAACGUAUUCUCUUCACCGCACAGAAAAGUACUUCGAGCUCCUGAACGAGCGCAAGAUUAAGGGUUAUCUCUUCCAGGAGAAGAACUCCUACCCCGGCAACACUGCCAAGUCCUCUUAG